AUUUUGAAUGUUAAAUUUGUAUACGGAACAAAAGUUAAGACUUUAACUUUAAGGCAUAUUUUAAAAGCAACCAUGUCCUGUGGAGACCAAGGUUUAGUCAAGUCUGUGCCUUUUUUUCCAAAGUUGAAACAGCUAGCAUUUUCUCUUGAUAAAGAUGUGAAUGAGAUUAAGAAGCACAGUGAUUCUUCUUUGACCAGAUUGCCAGAAAAUUCUGCUGCUCUUCAGUUAUCACAUUUACAAGAAGAGUUACAAACUAUUCUGGUUAAUGCCCAAGAAUCAUCUGAGAAGCUGCACCAUCUCAAAGUGACAGGAGACAAAUGUUUGAAAGAUACCAAUAAUAUUGUAGCUGAGAUAACUGAGAAGAUAGCUCAAGUGGAAGAAGUUUUCAAAAAAUAUGGAUUUCAAUCUUGGACUAAAUCUGAAGUAGAAGUGUCCAGCAGUGCAGGUGCUUGUUUGGAGAAUACUUUCACUGAAGUACAAGAAGGUGAGAUACAAAACCAUAACACAUUUAUCCUGAGCAACUCCUUUACUUGUGAAAGUGAAAAUACAGAAGGAGAAAAUGUCUUAAAUACUCCCGCCAUUUCCACAACAAAAAAAAGGCAAAACUUUGACCGAACCCCUGAUCUUGCUGAUUUCAACUUGAAGUACCCUACCAGAGAUUACAGUAGACUUUUGUUUCAACAAAAUGUACCCAGAAAUAAUGAAAAACCUAAGACCAUGUCAGAGUCAUUGGAAGCAAUCCAUAAGGAGGCUGCUCAAAUACACGUAACAAGUACAAGUUGUGAAAUAUCCUUGGAGGCUCCUGUUUUCUCCAGGCAAAAAGUAGAUAUUACGCCAGAUUUUUGUAAAAUCAAUAAACAGUCAAAGAAACUGACUGGCCAUAAAAACAACAAUCAUGACGUAACACCACCAGUUCCACAGCAGCUGUGGUCUGAGAAAACAAGUGCUAGUAUUCGACGUCAGAAUACACCUGAUGAGCCUCAGGUGUCUCAAAGUUACAGUACUCAGGAUGAACGUCGGAAGCAAACACCUGAAAAACCAUUACUGCUUAGUGCAACCAAACAUAAGGAUGAACUUCGGAUACAAACCCCAGACAAACCAUUAAUGCUUAGUGCAACCAAACAUAAGAUGUAUCAUGGAACUGGUCCUAGUUAUGAGGUUGGCUUAUCAUCAACACCAGAACCACCAGAAGUUACAUGUCAGUUCUUAAUUCCUUUUUCAUUACGAUAAAGUUUAAGUUAAAGAUUAACAUUUUAAACUAUCUUUGUUUGAAAUAUCAAGUUAGUGAAAACCAUGAAGUUGAAGAUGUAAGUUUUAAACCAUCUCAAGACUUGAGUGAUAUACUCUGUUCCUCCACGAGACAUCUAAAGCUGAUUCUUCAUCUCCCUUCAUGAGGAUAUUUUGUUGCUAUAUUUAAUGCAAUUUAGUUGGUGAUCAUGAUUAAACAGUGAAAUGUGACCUCCCAAUGGACUUUACUAGCCGGAGUAAGUUUAUAUGAUGUAAACAAAGAGGAAUGCAGAUGUACUAACACAGUGGACUUUACUAGCCAGAGUAGGUAUAUAUGAUGUAAACAAAGAGGAAUGCAGAUGUACUAACACAACUUUUGAACUUGAUGUAUUUUUUACUUUCGUUUUUAAAAAACUUCAUUCAUGUGUUUGAGUUAAGCCUGUUAACAAUUAUUUUGAGGCAGUUUACUCUUAAAUUAUUAUACUCCUAGUUAAAAGAUAUUUUCCUAUGAUUUCAGAAUACACUAGAAUAAACCUUUAAUGUAGUUUUAUAACUGUUAAUAUUAUCAACAGAAGAAACAUGGAAAAGUUCCUAUCAGUA